AUGUUCAACCAAAUUCAUUCAAUUCUUGUCUAAGUUUAAUCAAAAUCCAGAAUGCACACACACGUGCUAGUAUUCCCAUUCCCUGCUCAGGGCCACAUGAUACCGCUCCUCGACCUCACCGCUCAACUCGCCAGCUCCGGCCUCACCGUCACCGUCGUCGUCACCCCCAAAAACCUCCACUUCCUCGACCGCCUCCUCGCCGCCCACCCCACCUCCAUCUCCGCCCUCUCCCUCCCCUUCCCGCCACACCCCGCCAUCCCCGCCGGCGUCGAGAAUCUCUUCCAACUCCCCCCCGACGCCUUCCGCUUCAUGCUCCACGCGCUCGGCGAUCUCCACGACCCUCUCCUCCGCUGGUUCCGCAGCCACCCCUCCCCGCCCUCCGCCAUCAUCUCCGACCUCUUUCUCGGGUGGACCCACCACCUCGCCUCCCAGCUCAGCAUCCCCCGCUACGUCUUCUCCCCCUGCGGCGCUCUCGCCAUUUCCAUCAUCAAUUCACUCUGGUGUGAGAUUCCGACGAGGAGAAACCAAGACGACGACCACGAGGUCAUUCGGUUUCCAAAGAUUCCAAAUUCCCCGUUUUACCCCUGGUGGCAGCUGAGCCCUCUCUAUCAGAGCUACGUGAAGGGAGACCUAGUUUUGGAAUUCGUUAAAGAUUCCUUCCGCGCUAAUACAGUUAGUGAUGGGCUGAUUUUGAAUACGUUUACGGAGUUGGAGGGUGCUUACUUGGACUAUUUGGCUAAGGCGUUGGGCCAUAAUCGGAUAUGGCCCAUUGGGCCACUUUUGCCUCCUAUUGAGAUUGGGGCAGUCGGCCGGGGCGGAUCGAGUUCGGUACCCAUUUCUAGAAUAUCCGCGUGGCUCGACACGUGUCAAGAUCGAACGGUGGUGUUCGUAUGUUUCGGAAGCCAGACAUUAUUGAGUAACAAGCAAUUGGAAGUGUUAUGCUUGGGAUUAGAGAAAAGUGGAGUCAAGUUCAUAUUAGUGGUGAAGGAUAAAAUAGAGAGUGAUUAUGGAGUGCUUCCUGUUGGAUUUGAGGACCGAGUUGUGGGGAGAGGGGUUGUGAUCAGGGGAUGGGCUCCACAGGUUGUGAUAUUGAGACACAAAGCGGUGGGUGCCUACUUCAUGCACUGUGGUUGGAACUCGACAUUGGAAAGUAUCACUGCUGGAGUGCCGAUGAUGGCAUGGCCUAUGGGCGCUGACCAAUUUGUCAACGCGACAUUAAUAGAGAACGAACUCGAUAUUGGGGUUCAGGUAUGUGUAGGCGACGAGGCCUUGCUUAGUUCGGAUGGGUUAGCACGACAUGUACUCGAAGCUACAUCGCACAAGUGGAUGGAUAGAAGGGCUCGUGCGAUGGCAUUGAGCAAAGUUGCACAAGAUGCAACCACUAGUGGUGGAACUUCAUUCAACAAUUUGGACCAUUUUGUAAGCCACUUAUCAAAAGAGCAUAGUAAGUAGGAGUACUAGAUAAAAACUCUUAGCAUGUUAUAUUAUGCACAAGGAGGAAAUAAGACGAAAUAUUAAUAUGAA